AUGGGCUCCAUCCAACCUUCCGAGCAAAAGGACCUAGUCCUCCCCUCGCGACCCCCCAACCUGCCACACCCGGAAUACCGCACUCCGCGCGGGGUCUCGCCGCUGGACUCGGUGCGCGCCGCCGGCCUGCAAUACCCCAACUACACGCCCUUCAAGCUCCCCAAUCUGAGCAUCCAACCCUUCACCGACCGCGGCCUCUCCUCCUCCCCGAACAAGCAGGACCUCCUCUCCGCCGCGACGGAGAUCAUCCACCUGACCCCGGAGAUCGGGACCGAGCUCACCGGCCUCCAGCUCACGCAGCUGACGGACGUGCAGAAGAACGACCUGGCGCGGCUGGUCGCGGAGCGCGGCGUCGUCUUCUUCCGCGAUCAGAGCAUGGACGUGCACGAGCAGAUCGCCUUCGGGGCGUAUUUCGGGGCGCUGCAUAUCCACCAGAUGGCCGGCAUCAUCCCGGACCUGCCGUGGGUGCACCCGAUCCACAAGGAUGAGACGGCGGUCAACGGCCGGAGCCAUCAGAUCUGGCAUUCCGAUGUCAGUUACGAGCUGCAGCCGCCCGGGUUGACGAUGUUGAAGAUGGAUACCCUCCCCAGGGCGGGGCCGGGCGGGGAGGAGACGGGUGGCGAUACGAUCUGGGCGAGUGGGUAUGCUUUAUACGAAUCUCUGUCGCCCAAGCUGCGCGCCUUCCUGGAGACGCUCGAGGCCAAGCACAGCGGGCUGGAGCAGGCGGAGAAGGCCCUGCGGACGAGUGGCUGUCUCCGGAGGGAUCCUAUCGAGACUAAUCACCCCGUCGUCCGCACGCAUCCAGUAACCGGCUGGAAGACGCUGUACGUCAACGAGAACUUCACCAAGGAGAUCGUCGGCCUGGAGAAGCGCAUCGGCGAUGGCAUCCUGGAUAACCUCUAUCGCACCGUGGCGGAGGGGUACGAGUUCCAGGUGCGCUGGAAGUGGACCAAGAACGCGGUGGCCAUCUGGGACAAUCGCGCCACGUUUCAUACGGGGAUUUUCGACUACUUCCCCCAUCUGCGGCAUGGGCUGCGGGUUGCGCCGCAGGCCGAGACCCCGUAUUUCGAUCCCAGGUCCAAGACCAGGAAGGAGGCGCUUGCGGAGGAGAAGGGCAAGGCGUGA